AUGAUUGUUGAAUUAUUUCGCAAAAUGUUAUUCAUACGUUGGAUUGUAAAGGAAAUAAUUCCUUAUAAAAAUCUUGAUUAUAUUCAAGAAUAUUUACAACAACAAAUUGAAAUAUCGAAAGAUCAAAAUUCUAAUAUUGGACGUUUAAUAUGGAAAUUUAUCUGGUUUCAAUUUUUUAUAUUGAUACGUUAUUUAUUAUUAUUUAUACUGCCAUUAAGUGAUGAUCAAAGAAUUUUAACAUACGAUAUAUUCUUCAUACUUGACAUUCAUUAUUCAAUGAAUUUGAUUGGUAUUUUUUUAACAGCAUUAGGAAUGUUUCUUAUCUAUAAACUUUAUAUUGAUAUGCCUCAAAAUAUUAUACGUUUAAUGAAUAUAAUAUUAUUCAGUACGGAUGGUAGUGCUCAUUGUUAUAUGAUGUUUAUUUAUAUAUUUACAUUUAUAACAUGGACAUUAUUUCUUAAAUUAGAUCAAAUUAAUUCAAUUUUGAAUACAAAUAAAACUAUCAAUGAAAAUCAUCCACGUUAUUAUAGCCGUAUUGUUAAUCGUUUUAUUUGGUUACAUGGACAUACAUUUAUACAUGUUAAUCAUUUUUGUAAUUAUUUAUCGGAUUUAUUUUCAUCAUAUAUGAUUGCAAAUUUUCCAAUGAAUAUGUUAUUCAUUGUAACAACAUUUAUUAUUGAAAAUAAAGCAAAUGAAUUUUCUUCAUGGAAAUUUUUUGCUUUUGGUGUUAUUUUUACACAAUUUAUUGGAUUUUUUAUCAUUCAUUUAAUCUGUUCAUUGUAUACAAUUAAAAUACAUAAAUGUUCACCAAAAUUAAUCUAUUGUAAUAUACAUUUUCCAUUACAACCAUUAUCAUUACGUAUACGUACUAGUUUAUAUAUUGAAAAAAUUCAUACCAAAAAUCAAUAUGGUAUUGUAUUAGCACGUACUAAAGUUAUUAGUAUGAUUUUUUUCAUUAAGUUUAUUACUUAUGUAUGA